GUCCCCCAAACACGUUUCUCCUUCACAUCUGUUGUUCCUUUUUUCCACGCUUUCUGACUCCGGGGACACCCAUCGCCGCCGUAAACAACCACCUCCGCCGCGCCCCACCGUCACUAAUUUUAUUACAAGCUGCAAGCUUUUUUACAGCUCGAGCACCGUUGACUUAGUUAUUCCACGUUUGUUUGCUGAAAAGAAAAAGAGGAAAACAAGAAACAAGAAACUACAUUUUAGGUGUUUCUUCUUUGUUUAUCAAAACGUUAAUUGGAUCAGUGCUUGUAGGGAUCCGCUGUGAAGAUAUUUGCUGCUAGACAAUACUGGAGCAAGAUUAGCUUUUCCACAAUCGAAUUUACGAGUCGCUUUUUGAGAUCUUCAUUUGUUAUAAUCUUGUUUCUGAUUGGAAAUAUAGUGGGCUAAUACUUGGGUGAAGGGAGUUAGAGGGAUGCAAAUUUUUAGAUAUUUCAAUAGAUGUCUAUUAUAUUACGGCGCCUUCGAUGGAUGAUAACUGGUCUAAAUAAAGGAACACCAGUAACCCCUAAGAGGCUGCACAGUGCUGAUGUGCGGCCUGUGCCUCUUUCGCCACUGUCAAAGCAGCAACAAUUGCAACUACUCAAGUCCUAUUACGAGUCAAAGUCUGAGCAUAGAAAGCCUAAACAACCAAUGUUGGAGGCUGUGCAUGAGAUUUCCAUCUACAUUCACCGGUUUCACAAUCUUGAUUUGUUCCAGCAAGGAUGGUACCAGAUUAAGAUUACAAUGAGAUGGGAAAAUGGCGAUAAUGGGGUAUUAGGAACUCCAUCCAGAGUCAUCCAAUAUGAAGCUCCUGAUUUGGGUUCCGAAGAUGUAUAUGGUGUAUGGAGAAUUGAUGAUACAGAUCAUAGUUUCUCCACACAGCCUUUCCGAAUCAAAUAUGCAAGGCAGGAUAUUCUUCUCUCCAUGAUGGUCUCCUUCAACUUAUCUCUGAACAAACAUGAGGGCCCAUCGACAUCUGGUGUCAUUCUGAAAUUUGAGCUUUUCUAUGCACCUAUAUUGGAGAAUGGGACUAGUCUACAGGAUUCCUUGGAUGCUUCUCCUGCUGCAGUCCAUGAAUUUCGUCUUCCAUCCAAAGCUCUUCUAGGGUUGCACUCUUAUUGUCCUGUACAUUUUGAUGUUUUUCAUGCAGUACUGGUCGAUGUGAGUGUGCACAUCAGCCUUUUGAAAAGUGGUGUCUACACUUCCUCAAAGAAGGUACCAAGUGACCCUUGUGUGGAUGAAGAUAAUGAUAAUGAAGAUUACAAUCAGGGAAAACAAGAAAUGCUUAUUAAAGCCCUUUCAAGUGCACGGGACAUACUUCUCGAGGAGCUAGAAAAAAUUAGCAAGGCUAUAAAUCAGUCUAUCGAUUUUACUGAUUUUACUUCCAAGUUUGGUGAUAAACAAGCGUCCCAAUUUUCUGCAAGUGCAGCCACAGACUUGAUGAAUGAUAAGGCUGCAAGAGAAGUGCCAAGCAAGAUACUGAAUGACACCAAGAAACUAGAAGAUGGAGUUCUCCAGUCUCAAUCCAAGGAUGAAUUACUCCAGUUGUAUCAUUCCCUUGGUGACCAAGUCUUUUACUUAUGGAGUAUGUUUAUGAGGUUUCACAGGACUCAUAAGACAUCAAUUAUGGAUUUUCUGCGUGAGCAAUGGGCUAUUGAUCGAAGAGCUGAAUGGUCAAUAUGGAUGGUUCAUUCUAAAGUUGAAAUGCCUCACCAAUACAUAAGUAGUGACAUUGAUAGCUCUUCUUACCAUGGUUCCCGUGGGAGAGCACCUGUCCUGCGGAAGAUAUCGGAGGAUCCUGCACAGACUGCAGCUAUGAGAGCUGAUCUUCACAGAAGAAGUAUUGCGCAAAUGAGGAUCAACAGUCGAUCUAUCCAAGACAUGUUUAUAUUUGGAGAUCCAUCACGCAUCCCAAUUGUAAUUGUAGAGCGUGUUGUUAAUGCACCUUUGCGGUCAACAAGUGGAAAUUCAUACUUCAACCACCGGGAGCCAAAAGAUGUAAAUAGCCUGCUAGUUGAGACACAUUCUAAAGGCACAAAAAAGAUUCAUGGCACAACCCCUUGUCAAAAUGGCCGUGUUUUGAAGAUUGUGGUUUUUGUCCAUGGAUUCCAGGGACAUCAUUUAGACUUGCGCCUUGUUCGAAACCAGUGGCUGUUAAUAGAUCCCAAGAUGGAGUUUCUUAUGUCAGAAGUUAAUGAAGAAAAAACAGCGGGAGACUUUAGAGAAAUGGGCUUAAGGCUGGCACAAGAAGUAACUUCUUUCAUAAAAAAGAAGAUGGACAAAGCCUCGAGAUCUGGAAAUUUGAAGACUAUUAAGCUAAGCUUUGUUGGACAUUCCAUUGGGAACAUCAUAUUAAGAACAGCUUUAACAGAGAGCAUCAUGGAACCAUAUCUCAGAUUCCUUCACACGUAUGUUUCUGUAUCUGGUCCACAUUUAGGUUACCUGUACAGUUCAAAUUCUUUGUUCAAUUCUGGGUUGUGGCUCUUGAAGAAGCUCAAGGGCACACCAUGCAUACAUCAGCUUACAUUUACAGAUGACCCCGAUCUCCGGAACACAUUCUUGUACAAACUUUGCAAGCAAAGGUCCUUGGAGAAUUUCAAGAAUAUUAUUUUGUUAUCUUCACCUCAGGAUGGUUAUGUUCCAUAUCAUUCUGCAAGAAUUGAGAUGUGUCAAGCAUCUUCAGGGGACAGCUCAAAAAAGGGCAAAGUAUUUCUGGAGAUGCUGAAUGAAUGCUUGGACCAGAUACGUGCUCAGUCAUCCGAGCAUCGAGUAUUCAUGAGGUGUGAUGUCAACUUUGACACAACAUUGCAAGGAAGGAACUUGAAUACGAUCAUUGGAAGGGCUGCUCAUAUAGAGUUCUUGGAGUCUGACACUUUUGCCAAGUUCGUAAUGUGGUCAUUUCCUGAGUUGUUUACAUGACUUGUGGGCUGGUCAAUUUCAUCACAACUGAACUCCCAUCUCCUGGAGCCUGCCUACCAUGUAACCUGAACCUCAAAAAAUGGUUAUGGCUCUAGGAUGUCCAGGGCCUCGACACACUCAUAACCAUGAAUAUGGAAUGCUGUGGUAAGUCAUUCGCUGCAAGGUGAUUUUGGUGAAGCUGCUCAGUUAUAUAACUCUAUAGCACUGUUACAAUGGUAGCAAAUGCAGGAAAGCUUAACGACUAAUCUACGUUUAGUGGCGAUCACAAUAUUUUUGGACUUGGAAUUCCUAGCAUCAAUAUGUUGUGCAGUAAUAGAAUCAUCAGGUCUAACAAAAAUCAAUUGUAGCAAGUUAGACAAGUUGUUUUUAAUAUUAUCAAAUUAUAUUCUUAUGGGGAA